AUGACAGCAAAACCGAAUAUUGUAAUCGUUGGUGGUGGAUAUGGUGGUGUAGCUGCAGCCACUAAACUCGAAUUGGCUCUUCAUAAAACCCAUCAAAUCAUUCUUAUCGAACGUAAAACUCAUUUUUAUCACUCUAUUGGUGGUCUUCGUGCUGUCGUUGAAGAUGGUUUCGAACAUAAAGUUAUAAUUCCUUAUAAUAACCUUUUUAAGUAUGACGGAAAAGUUGUACAUGCUACAGUUACUACUAUCCAUGAAAAAGAAGUUAUCAUUAAUACCGAAACUGAAUGGGGAACUCGUAUACCAUUUGAAUAUUUGAUAAUUGCUACCGGUUCUAAUUAUCCUAGACCUGGAAAGCUAAUUACUGAUAAUAAAGAAGAAAGUGUUGCUGAGUUAGUUGCUCAAAGAAGUGCUAUAAAAAACGCGAAUAAAAUUUUGAUUAUUGGUGGAGGUCCUGUGGGCAUUGAACUUGCCGGAGAAAUUGCAUCAGUUUACCAAGAUAAAGAAGUUACACUUAUUCAUUCGGAAAAUCAUUUGCUUAGUGAAAAAUUCCCAAAGAAAAUGACUAACCUUCUUGCUAAACAACUAAAAGAACUAAAUGUAAAACUUAUUUUGGGUGAAUCUGUUAAUCUUCCUUCUUCGGGUAUCGGUGACGGGUUGUCUCCUUUAACUUUGGAAACCAACAAGGGCACGCAAAUUGAAUCUGACGUUCAAUUCGUAGCUUUUGGCAUAAAGCCCAACACUAACGUUAUAGAAACAUUGGAUCAAUCAUUGAUAGAAGAAAAUACCACUCGAGUAAAAGUUAAGCCAACUCUUCAAUUGGAUCAUGAUAAUUAUGCUCAUAUAUUUGCCCUCGGCGACAUAACAAAUAUUAAUGAAACUAAGCUUGCCUACCGUGCUGGUCUUCAUGCUGAUGUUAUAACUAAAAAUAUUAUUUCCCAUAUUAAUAAUAAAAAAUUGGUUGAAUAUAAACCUGGUCCUGAAGUUAUGAUUGUUCCCGUUGGAAAGGCUAAGGGAGCAGUUCUUUUACCAUUCGGUAACAUGGUAGUUGGCAGUUUCAUGGCUAAAAAUGUAAAGGGUAAAACUCUCAUGGUUGAUAAAAUGUGGAAAACAUUGAAUGCUACACCCUCUACUACAUAA